AUGCUGGGCGGUGGUUUCGUCAUCUCAUUUAGCCUAGUUUCCUUGGUUGUUACAGAGAGUUUAUACCUCUCAGAAUCAUUCAUCGCGUUAGGCACAGGUGCCUUCUGGUCUAGAUCAGUUUAUCUGGGCCUGACUUGUUCUGGGAAUACAGCUGGUGAUAGUUGGUGUUCAGUUGCCCAGCAAAUAUCUCCUCCUCGAACGGAAGUCAUUGGCUAUGUUACUAGUUUAGGCCCAGUGAUGACCUGUAUGUGGAUUAUGAGCAGUAUAAUCGUCUGGAUAUUUGUUCCACAAAUGACAAUGCUCGGAGCCCUUGCGAUAUCUGCAUGCAUCGCACCUACAGAUCCUGUUCUUGCAAACUCAAUAGUGAAAGGAAGAUUUGCAGACAAGUUCAUUGCUCCCCGACUCCAAAAUAUCAUCAUCGCUGAAUCCGGAGCCAAUGAUGGCUUGGGAUAUUCAUUCUUAUUUUUGGCACUAUAUCUUAUCGAGUACGGAGAUAACCCUUUAGGAGCCCUCAGCAUAUGGUUUAGCGAUACUAUACUUUAUGUUAUUGGUCUCAGCGUAGUAUAUGGUAUUUUUAUCGGAUGGUUAGGCUUAAAGAUGUUACGUUGGGCAAUUAAGAAGAAGUGGGUCGGGCGAGAAUCGUUUCUUGUAUUUGCCAUGGCACUGGGGUUUUUUAUCGUUGGGACUUGCGGAAUGGCUGGCGGCGAUGAUGUACUGGCUUGCUUUGUGGCCGGAAACGUGUUUACUCUUGAUGACUGGUACCGCCUCGAAACCAAAGACGACCAUCUCGCCCCCACAGUAGAUCUUCUACUGAACCUGACCGCGUUCUCCUACUUUGGCCUUAUCAUCCCCUGGGGAUCUUUCCUCGAAAACACCGCAUUAUUGUCCCUUCCAAAACUCGUCUGCAUGUCUCUUGCACUACUUGUUCUGCGACGUCUGCCCGCUGUUUUACUAACACACAAGUUUAUUCCCGCAAUUCAUACAUGGCAGCAUGCUGUUUUCGCGGGCUACUUUGGACCAAUAGGAGUCAGUGCAGUGUUCUAUCUCACUGUCCUCUCUGAAUAUACGCGUGGGCUACAGAGGGACGGCGUUUCCGGGGACUUUAUGACAAAGUUACAGGAGACGGCAACAUUGGUGGUGUGGUUCAUGGUGGUUUCGAGUGUUUUUGUGCAUGGUAUUACAGUACCGCUGAUCGUGGUUUGUGUUCACGCUCCUUUCUUUGGCCCCUGA